AUGGCGGCGAGUUGGCGAUGCAGCGGGCAGUGGACGGUGGACGUGGACAGCGUCGACGGUGCAGAGCAGGAGAGAUUGGUGGCAGCGGCGUGCUUGAGUCGCGGGCGGGCUGGGGUUGGAGUGGUUACAGUGCUUCAACGGCUCAACUAUGGGCCUGGCGGAUGGUUGAGCACGAUCGGCCGUCGCGCUUUCCCGCAUCACCACGCAGCGAUCUUCGCAGCGUAUUUUGGGUGGAUGGCCCGCCGCGGCGCAGAUGACGCUCUCACAGGCGGCUUCAGACGGGCGCAAGGACCAGGCCUGGGGUGGGGACGCUACCAGCACGCAGCAGUGAAGGACGCCCGCACGACAAGACUGGACGGGCGAGACAGCGCAGAGACGACGUCCGGUACCAGAGAGGGCAGACACAACAAAAACGGUACGCUCAAAGACUCAAAGACUCAAAGACACAGGCUGGCCCACAGUCACAGGCAGGGCGGACCGACGCUUUGUUGA